CCCCAAGCAAGUAUGUUAACGGCAAUCAACCUACGAUACACACCUCGUUCCUUCGACUCUUGCCGCCAUGGGUCUCUUCACCUUGUUGCUAAGGGUACUUGUGAUAACCUUGGCGACGAUCUCCCACCACAUUGGUUUUGUUUCCGCUCAAACAGGAACGGGAUGCAACCGAACAGUCAAAGCCAAGGCCGGAGACACAUGUGCCACCAUCGCCGCCGCCAACGGGAUAACCGUCUCCCAGUUUCUCCAGUCUAACCCCGACAUAACCAGCUGCUCCCAGCUCACGGUGGGUUACGACUACUGCGUGGACGAAACGGCCACUGGCACCGCUGAUCCGCCCACGCCGACGGGGCCAGAUAAGACACUCAGCGCCGCCGGUCACUUCACCACCCACGACCGGGCCCGGGGAGCCUUGUGGAACGGUGACGGUCACGACUACGAGCACUGCCUCGUACAUUUCGGUGACUACGAGAACGGCAACGUCGGUUACUACGACGACCGCGACCAUCUCGGCGACGGCAACGGCCACGGCUACGAUCACGGCUACAGCUACGUCAGUGGUUACAACUACGGCGGAUGGGACAACAGCUACGAGGACGGUAACUGCUACGGCUACUUCGACGUUGACAAGGACGGCUACUACAGGGGUUACCCAAACCUCCGUGAUCUUGACGACGUCGACGAGUGUGCUACCGUCAACGUAACCAACACCAUCCCGGUGAUAGCCACGGUACCCGUCACCGCCACCACAUUCAUCACAACCACAGCAACAGCAACAGCAACCAACACCAUCCCCAUCACCGCCACCGCAACGACAACCUCCACUCUCAUCGCAACCUCCUACACCGGUAUCACCCGCACCUCCGUGAUCCUGACCACCUCAACCAACACAAUCGACACCACCAACACCAUAACUCUCACGAAAAUCAACACGCUCACCACCACCGUUCCAAUCUACGUAACCAGUACCCAAACACAAACACAAACGCAAACCAAGGCCGUAACCACCACGGUCCCAGUGUACAUCACCAACACUAAACAAGUCACAGCCACAGCCACAGCCACAGCCACAGCCACAGUGACAGUGACAGCUACUUCGACGACCUGGACCUACAGCUACAGCAUCGCUACUCUAACAACCAUCGUCACUGAAACCGAGACGUUGACGAGCGUCAAGACGUUGACGAGCACGAGGGUGACGCAGGUUACUAGUACGAGUACGAGUAUUUCCAUUGAUACUUUGACGAGUAUUGUUUAUAGUACUGCUACUGCUACGACUAUUGCGACUGCUACUAAGACGGUAAUGGACACGAAAGCGCCGCCGAUUGUGACGAUGACUGCUACGGUGACAAAGCCGGGACAGGUAACUACGUAUACGUAUACGGUUACGAGUACCGUGACGGCGGUCCCGGGUGGUGGUGGGAAUGGGAAUGGAAAUGCGCCGGGGCCGGUGGUGCCGGGGACUCCAAAGACUUGCAGGGCAUACGAUAAGAUUACCAAUGACGAUAGUUGUAGGGAUAUUGCGAAUCGGAAUGGGUUGUUGUUGUUGGAUUUUUACAAACUCAAUCCAGGGAUCGACUGCGAUCACUUGUGGCCGGGAUACUACGUGUGUACUCGGGCAUAGGAAGGGGAGCAUGAAGAGUUAUGGGAAUGAAUCGGCAAGAGGUUUGUUAGAGAAGAGAAAUGGGUGUUGGAGUCGUACUGCAAUGAAUGAGUUGACCAAAAUUUGGUCCUUGUUAAUUACCUAUCUGUCAGUGACAAAACGUUGAUCUUUGAGUGUCUGAGGAUGCCGAACACAAUUGCGACUGAGGUGUACCUGCAGUAGGUAUCUUGAUGGUAGUGUCUUGGGUAGGGAACUGCACAUACAGUAACUGAAAGUACAGUUCUUUGGCCGUUCUUUCAGCAAAGCUCCAAGUAUUCCCGUUAGUGUAUUGACUAGCCGCCUAACGCACCUCUAGCCCGCUCUGGUCCCGUCUGGCCCGCGGCUUAAGGGACAUUCCGUUGCAUUGAUGUCAAGACUUCUCACUAAAUAGGCGAAUGGAU